AUGUGUAAUCGCCCCAACGAUGUGCAGGCAACCGAACUUGCAGUACAGCGCGUCGAAGAAUCUGUCGACAAGAGGCGCAAACGCAACAAGCCUGCGCCGCAGCUCGAGUUCAAUGGAGAUUCCGUCGUCCUUCCUCCGGCUGUAGUGGCAUGGUUGCUGCACAUCGGCGUAGACGUUGAGAGAUACCAGCGGGCGCUAUAUCAGGUUGCUAAAGGGUUAAAGAAGAGGUACUAUCGCAUGUUAUCAAGCUCAGAUCAGUCGUCUGAGGUUGCCGUUGUUUCAAAGCCCACAUCGAGUGAAUUACAUGUUCGCGAAGAUGUUCCUUUUGCUCCAGAUCAGACACAUGAAGAAACUGAUGCUGACGGCUCAUUGGCUUUGAAUUCCAGUGAAGGCUUAGCACAUGACAGCACCAUUUCACUAGGCGAAGAUUCAGGGUGCAACACGAACCAUACGAAGCAGCCUUCUCCCCAACGUCAUUCGCAUGUAAGGUGGCUCCGUGACGUCGAACUGUACGAGUGUUACUCGAAGAUCCCUGAAGGGGCUAUCGGUCUAGAUGCGGCGAGUGCGGCAAUUAUAGACGCGCUAAGGUUAUCGGAACUUGCGCAAAAGGAUGAAUGCAAGUGGAUUUUGGAUGUUUGCUGCGCUCCAGGCGGCAAGCUUCUGGGCACGGUGAGCACCGUGAAACGUCUAUGGGGAGACAAGAUUAACUGCAAGAUUAUUGGUCUAGACAUCGUCAAAAGGCGGCUGGAUGUAUGCGCAUCUCUCCUAAAAAGGGAGAAUGCACCAAGAAACAUUGACGUUCAUUUGCUGAACUGCAGUGGUCAGAGCUUCACCGAAUUCGAGGGCGAAUCUAUGAUCGAGCGGUUCGACCGUGUUAUAGUGGAUGCUGAAUGUACCCAUGAGGGAUCCUUGCGAUCGGUCGUGCGCACCUUGAAGUACUGGGGCAUACAAUCGCUGGAGAGCCGGUUUACGGAGGAACAUGCGAAGUCGGUGGUCUCAAACCAACGAGAGCUGCUUAGACACGCUAUUAGGUUGAUACGCCCCGGUGGCAUGGUGGUUUAUAGUACGUGCUCUUUGCACGAUGAGCAGAAUGAGAUCCUGGUUGCAAGCGUGAUCGAAGAAUUUGAUAACGUGCAGUUGCGCCAGCUACCCUUGGUACAAUGCGAUUGUUGUUCAACGGUUUGUGAUAGGCCGGAUGCAUGGCCUGCUACCUCCACGGAGCAUAUAAUCAGGAAACAUUGCUCUCCUCGUUACCUUCCUAAUCGAGAGGUCUCCAGUGAGGCCAGUGGCUGCUCCAAUAUUACCUCACCAGUUUGCGUUAGAUUCAGUCCAUUAUCUCCCGAUACCGAUGGCAUUUUUGUUGUUUCAAUUGUAAAAUUGCCAAUUUAA